UAUUACGAGAUGUCCUACGGGCUGAAUAUUGAAAUGCACAAACAGGCCGAAAUCGUCAAGAGGUUAAAUGGGAUUUGUGCACAGGUUCUGCCCUACCUUUCCCAAGAGCACCAGCAGCAAGUCCUGGGGGCCAUUGAACGAGCCAAGCAGGUUACGGCGCCAGAACUGAACUCCAUCAUCCGCCAGCAGCUCCAAGCUCAUCAGCUGUCGCAGCUCCAAGCCCUUGCUCUGCCUCUGACUCCGCUCCCUGUGGGCCUCCAGCCCCCGUCCCUCCCCACCGUCAGCGCUGGCUCCGGGCUCCUCUCACUCUCGGCCCUGGGCUCCCAGGCUCACCUCUCCAAGGAGGACAAGAACGGCCACGAUGGGGAUGCCCACCAAGAUGACGACGGGGAGAAAUCGGAUUAG